UGUAGAGUUUGAUUUCAUAAGAGGAAAAGGGGCGUGAGGACUUUUGAAGGAUCUCCUUGUGGUGUACAAAUUGAGUUCAAUCCACAAACAAAUAUCUUCAAGUUCUGCUGCUCGCAAGUUUGUUGCACUGUCACUUAUUAGGAUCAGCCUUCUAUACAUGGAGGCAAAGAGGAUUUGUGAGGGGAAAGUAUUGACAAGGAAGAAAAAUCAAGAUCCACCUAUUGUGGCUUUAUUAUGCAAUUUAUGGGGAAGAGUUGUUGCAGCCAUUUUGUGGCCAUUCCAUAUCCUGGGGAUGAAGCUAGUCUUUUGCCAAAUGCGCUCAGCAAUUGGAAUAUCAAAAGCUGGUAUAAGUGGUGGUGGGAGUUUACCAUUGCAUAUUGACAAAUUUUUUGAGGCUAUUGGUGUGAAGUUGCAAAAUGGUUAUGGUCUCACAGAAACCUCGCCUGUUGUGGCUUGUCGAAGGCCUGAUAACAUUGUCCUUGGAACUGUCGGGUACCCACUUAACUUUACAGAAAUCAUGAUCGUGGAUUUAGAAACCGGUAGACCUCUUCCAGAUGGUUCAAAAGGCAUAGUCAAAGUCAGAGGGCCACAAGUUAUGAAUGGAUACUACAAGAAUGAAUCUGCUACCGGUGAAGCUAUAGAUGAAGAUGGAUGGUUUAACAGUGGUGAUAUUGGCUGGAUUGUGCCUAAACAUUCUACUGGGAUGAGUCGUCAAUGUGGAGGCAUGCUUGUUCUUGAAGGACGUGCAAAGGAUACAAUUGUUCUUAGCACAGGUGAAAAUGUCGAACCCUCCGGACUUGAGGAAGCUGUGAUGAGGAGUAACUUAAUUCAGCAUAUUUUGGUCGUUGGUCAGGAUCAACGGAGGCUUGGAGCUCUAAUUGUCCCAAAUAGAGAUGAGCUUUUACUGGCAGCUAAGAAUCGUUUGCUUAUCAAUGAUGAGAAUUCUGAGCUCAGCAAGGACAAAAUGAUUAGCUUGUUACAUGAAGAAGUAAGAAACAGGACUAAAGAUUGCUCCUUCCAUAUUGGGCCAAUAACGAUUGUGGAUGAACCCUUCACGGUUGAGAAUGGAUUAAUGACGCCUACAAUGAAAGUGAGAAGGGACAAAGUGAUUGAUCUAUAUAAGGUAGAGAUUGCAAACUUGUUCAAGUGAAACCUGUUUAUACUUUCUGCUAUUUUUCUGUGAAACUGAAAGCCUGAAGUGUUGGUAUAACAAAAACUGUGCCGUAAUAAGUUGUCUUAGUGCCUCAAGAAGUAUGAUCUGAACUUUUAUUAACCUUCGUUGAUUUCUCAAGAAAGAUUGCUUUAGAUAUGAGAAAGUUGCUUCUGUUAAUUAUUUCCGCACAGGCCAUGGCAUGGUUGAUGGUCUGAGGAAAAUGGUUGUUGCUUGCUUUAUAUAUGUCCCUGUGAUUAUUUGGCUCUGCUCAAAUUUGAAAAUCUGGAUUCCUAUUUUA